AUGCAGAGUUUCAUUGUUUCAUUUAUCGUGUCCGCCUGCAGGUACUCCCUUUAUGCUGUCCUGAAUCACAGUGGUCAGACGAAUUCCGGUCACUACACAGCCUGCAUCCGGUUCGGACCAGGCUGUUGGUGUCUCUGUGAUGAUCAGAAGAUCGUCCCCGUCAGCGUGGACUACGUACUCACAACUGACGCCUAUGUGUUACUCUAUCACAAGAACAUCCUGGCGGUUCGUUCGUAA